AUGGCCGAUAUAAAUACUGCUGAAACUCCUCCCGUAUACCGCGGUAUCCGCAUGCGUGACGGCAAAUGGAUGUCCGAAACAAGAGAUCCACUCACCAACACGCGGUAUUGGCUUGGGACUUACGCCACACGUGAGAAGGCAGCGAUUGCAUACGAUGCAGCCGUGUAUUAUUUUAGGGGACAGGGUGCCAGCCUUAAUUUCCCACAUAUGGCAACCGUUCUCCCACGGCCGCCUACCUCUAGCAAAGAAGACGUAAGAAAGGCUUGUAAGAAGGCCUCAUUGCUCCUGGAGCCCUCGAUUGGCACUGGGUCGAGCUCUUUGCCCACCCAUAUCCAACUUCUGCCCACCCAAAUCCAGGCCAUUCGUGACUCCCCACUUGAUUGCUAUGAAACGUGGAUGGAAGCAAACUGUACGUACGUACCUUUCUGA